AAAAUAAAAACAGUAAAAACUAAAAAGACAACAGUGGAAUUGAUGAUAUAAAUCCCCCGCUUCAUCAUGUGCCAUUCCAUAGAGCAAAGCAGAUAUAUUUCAGCAAACACUACCUAUUCAAUCUCCACAAAAAAUUAUGGAAGAAGACUUCCAAAAUCCCCCUUCCACCUCGCCGGAACCUAUAACCACCACAUCCUCUGCCACCCCUCUAGAAUUUUCCGAUGACAUUGACAGUUGUUGUUCCACGCCUUAUGUUAGUGCACCAUCGAGCCCCGGCCGUGACACGCCCCUUGGAGGGUUCUACUAUAGCGCCCCAGCGAGCCCUAUGCAUUUCUUGCUUUCCAGUACUAGCAUUUCUUCGUAUGGGGUUGAAUCGUCGACUGUGGCUUGUUCGUUUGAGUUUGAUUUCUCGGCUCCACUGGCUGACGACGGCGUACCGCCGGGUUCCAUGAGCUCCGCCGAUGAAUUGUUCCUCAACGGCCAGAUCAGACCCAUGAAGCUCUCUAGCCAUCUCCGGAGGCCCCAGGUUUUGGCCCCUUUGAGUGACAUGGAUGAAUCUGAUGAGGUUGAACAGUCCAAGCUCAAUGAUACUGAGGAGAAAUUUUUUCGCGGAAGGGAAUCGAAAUUGCGGGCUGGAUCAUUGAGGAGGAGGACUAGAUCUAUGUCCCCAUUGAGAACGACGUUGUUUCUUGAUCAUGAAAAUGACCACACACAGGAUGACGAUGAGAUAAAGAGGGAAAAUGAAGAGUGUAAGAAAGUAGAAGAGGCAGCAGGGUCGAAUGAUACGACGCCGUGUGGAUCUGGAUCUUCCUCGAGGUCUUCUUCAAUUGGGAGGAGCUCAAGGAGAUGGGUUUUCUUGAAGGAGUUCCUAUACAGGAGCAAAAGUGAAGGUAGAAACAACGGGCAUAAAUUUUGGGGCUCCUUAUCAUUUUCACCUGUCAAAGAUAAGAAAUUUGAGAAGCCCAUUUCCAAUCCCAAAAUCCCAUCAACUGAGAAAGCAAAUUCAGCACCAGAAGAAGUAAAUUCCAACACCGGAGCCACAAAAAAAGUUCCGAAAGUGGUGAAAAAAAGGGCAGUAAAUGGGAUUGGUAAAAGAAGGGUGCCACCAUCACCUCAUGAAUUGCAUUAUACUGCAAAUAGGGCACAAGCAGAGGAGAUGAGGAAGAAGACAUUUCUUCCAUAUAGACAAGGUUUGUUGGGCUGUUUGGGAUUCAGUUCAAAGGGCUAUGGAACCUUGAGUGGUUUUGCUAGAGCUUUGAACUCAGUGUCAUCAAGGCCCUCGUGUUUGUGUCAUAUUCUCAAACAGAUGGUGUGCACAAUUCAUUAAGCUGUGGUUUGUUGGUCAGACAUGUUAGUUGUGGGCUAUGUCAUGUAAAGUUGCGUAGGGUUCCAUUACUUGGAAAUUGCACGGUGGUCCCAUAGUUAGUAGCAAGCCGAUUCUCAACCUAUAAACAUGAAUAAUGAACUAUUAAGGAUAACACUAGUUGCACAUA